UAAGUCUUCAUAGGGCCCCGUGACCCCCUCGGCUGUUGCGAGGCGUGUUGUGUGAGAGAGAAACCCCAGGGAUCCUGUCGCCAUGGAGCACAUCCGAAUGCCCAAGGUGGAAAAUGUCCGCUUGAUUGAUGGAAUAUCUUCCAAAAGGGCUGCAUUAGGGACACUGUAUCUAACAGCCACUCAUGUGAUCUUUGUAGAAAAUGAGUCAGACACCCGUAAAGAGACGUGGGUUCUUCACAGUCAAAUCUCUUCUAUCGAAAAGCAGGCUACAGCGGCAACUGGUUGUCCUUUGCUGAUUCGCUGCAAGAAUUUUCAGAACAUCCAGUUCAUCAUGCCUCAAGAAAGAGAUUGCCAUGAUGUUUACAUAUCUUUAAUUCGUCUGGCACGCCCAGUUAAAUAUGAAGAGUUGUACUGUUUUUCCUUCAACCCCAAGCUAAACAAAGAAGAGCGAGAGCAAGGUUGGAAUCUGACAAACAUGAAGGAAGAAUAUAAUCGGAUGGGGGUCCCAAAUAAUUACUGGCAGCUCAGUGAUGUCAAUAGAGAUUACAGGGUCUGUGACUCUUACCCCACCGAAGUGUAUGUGCCGAAAUCAGCCACUGCCCACAUCAUUAUGGGAAGCUCUAAAUUCCGCAGCAGGAGGCGUUUCCCAGCACUUUCAUAUUACUACAAGCAAAAUAACGCUUCCAUAUGCAGGAGUAGCCAGCCUCUCUCGGGCUUCAGUGCCCGAUGCCUUGAAGACGAACAGAUGCUUCAGUCGAUCAGGAAGGCAAAUCCAGGAAGUGAUUUCAUCUAUGUUGUUGAUACACGGCCAAAACUCAAUGCAAUGGCAAACAGAGCAGCUGGGAAAGGAUAUGAGAAUGAAGACAACUACUCCAACAUCAAGUUUCAGUUCAUAGGUAUUGAGAACAUCCAUGUCAUGAGGAGCAGUCUCCAAAAAAUGCUGGAAGUUUGCGAGCUGAGAUCUCCUUCGAUGAGUGACUUCCUCUGGGGUUUAGAGAACUCAGGCUGGCUAAAGCAUAUCAAAGCCAUCAUGGAUGCUGGCAUCUUUAUUGCUAAGGCUGUUGCUGAAGAAGGAGUGAGCGUUCUUGUUCACUGUUCUGACGGAUGGGACCGGACAGCUCAGGUUUGCUCUGUAGCAAGCCUUCUUUUAGAUCCAUAUUACAGAACUAUGAAAGGGUUUAUGGUAUUAAUUGACAAAGAUUGGGUUUCAUUUGGCCAUAAAUUUAAUCACAGGUAUGGCAAUUUAGAUGGAGACCCAAAGGAGAUCUCUCCAGUUAUUGAUCAGUUCAUCGAGUGUGUUUGGCAGCUUAUGGAACAAUUUCCUUGUGCCUUUGAAUUCAACGAAAGGUUCCUAAUCCACAUACAGCAUCACAUCUGUUCGUGCCAGUUUGGGAACUUCCUGUGCAACUGUCAGAAGGAAAGGCGAGAGCUGAAGAUUCAAGAGCGGACUUACUCACUUUGGGCUCACUUGUGGAAGAAUCGGGCAGAUUAUGUGAAUCCGCUCUACAGGGAAGACCAUAAUCGGACCCUGCACCCACAGUCCGCACCCUGCCAUAUUAUCUACAAAUUCUGGAGUGGAAUGUACAACCGCUUUGAAAAAGGGCUGCAUCCUCGGCAGUCUGUUACUGAGUACUUAUUGGCAGUGAAGGAAGAAACACAACAAUUGGAAGAAGAGCUACUGGUCUUGGAAGAGAGAUUGGCCAAACUUACAAGCGGGCCGUUGAAUAAUGGUGAGAUAAAGCAAAAACAACGAAAUGGAAGCAACGACUUUGGACAUUCUACUUCCAAUGACAGCAUCGCCAACACUCCCCAGGAUUACACAGGCAAUCUGAAAUCCUUCUCCUCCCGGAGUCCAUCACAGGGAGAUGAAGAAGACUCGGCCCUGAUUCUUACGCAAGAUAACCUGAAAAGCUCUGAUCCAGAUCUCUCUGCCAACAGUGAUCAGGAGUCAGGUGUGGAGGACAUGAGCUGCCGGUCUCCAAGUGGAGGGGGAUGUUUGCCCAGCGAGGAUAGCACCAAAGACCGCGAUUCGGACGAAGCUGUUUGUCUUACUGUCUGAAACGACAGCCAGCCAGGUGACAAAUGACUGCAUGUUGAGAGAAAAGUCCAAAGAAAUAGAGUUGUGCACUUAAGGUCCAGAUGUAACAUAGUUGUAAGCUAGAAUCUUAACUGGAAAAAUAACCUCUUAUAUUUAGCUUCUCCUAUUUAAGAACAGUCAUGUAUUUAUGGGAUUGCUUCAUCUUCCUUUAAUAACUGACAGAGCCAUACAGAACGGACAAUUUCUAUUUAACUUAGAUUUCUAGGUUAGUGUUUAGUUGGUCGACAGCAGUACCGUUCCAAAGAAGCUUCGAGAAAACAUGUUGAUGGAAGCCAUGCCAAAACAAAACAAAGACCUGCCCUCACCAUUCCUGCAAAAUAACAGCUUGCACUUUAUGGAUACAGCUGAAACAAAACUUCUUGAAGAGCAUUACUCCAUCCGUUCAGAAAGUUAUAGUUAAAAUAGUAAAAAAAUUCAUUCCCAGGUUGCUGGAUUUAUUCCAGCCUUCCUCAAACUGGUGCCCUCCAGAUAAUUUGGAUUACAACUGCCACCAGCCCCAGCCUGUGCCGGUGAUGAGAAGACGAGUCUAGGCACAGACAGCAUACCAGUCACUUGUUGCAGAUUCUUAAAAGGACCAAGUAUUUAGAAAGCAUUUCCCCGUGUUACAGAUGGGGAGUACUGAGGCAAGGCUGUACUGCUGAGGACCACAAACCCUGAGGACCACAAGCUUCUGCCAAGCAGGCCCAGAAGCCCCAAUCUUUCCUGCCCCUUCGUUUUGCAGAAGAGGAAGAAAACAAAGAUGAAGUUGUAUCUCAAAUCAACAAAGGGCCUUCUCUUUGCUUUCCUCUAAGGGAGACGUUUCCUUAAAUACCGUGACCCUGAUCCAGUUUUAGUUCCAGGUAUAGCCAUGUGUAACAACAGCUUCACGAUCAAGGAUGCAAAGUCACAUGCCCAUGCAUAAUAAAAGAUGCCCUGUCCAUUCUGGUUGGGUUUGUAGCACUGAGACAGCAAGGGAUGUGAAUCCAGGUAAAUGCAGAGAGGCUGUUUAUGGGGAUUGAUGUCUUUUGCUAGACUUCUGUCUCUGAGAGCUCUGCUUUUAUAUCAUUUUGGGGGUGGGGGGAUUUGAAGAUGAUUGCUGCUUAAUGGGACCCCUGUUUUUAAGGCCUAUCUUUGACUUCUAGUUUGGAAGAUACUGGGCUGUAUUCAAUGCCCCGCAAGUUGAACUCUGCCUGUGCAACAAGACCCCCUGUGCAUGUCCCGCAAACCACAUUUUGUUCCUGAUUAAGAGUUUAUAUUGGAUUAGCUAUCAUGUGUACGUACAACAGUCAAACCCUGGUUUUAGUCUAGCGACAAAACAGGAAAAGAACUCAGGGUGUGGUCAUUCAGGCAGAGAGGGUGUGACAAUGCAAAAUAGUUCCUGUUAAAGUAUAUGGAGCUGCAAUAAGGUAAAUGGACUGCAAUAAUCCAGAUUAGUUGGGUUUGGUUAAACUAAGUGAUUUUGGUUACUAGUAGCAGAAAACCCAGCAGAGUCAUGGACUCAGAUUCCUGUCACUUCUUAUGUAAAUGUAAUGGCUGUAGCUCACUCCUGGAGUGGGUGGGGAGUGGGUAGGACAAGGGACAUAAUUUUGGGAGCAAACACUGUCCCCAAAACUCAUAGCGCCAGCCUUCAGUGAUAAAAACCUGGUAGGGAUGUAACACAUCUAGCAAUAUUCAGAAACUUGCAAGAUGACUCACAUUGGUUUUAAACAUUCCAUGUUUUGAAAUCAGCUCCACACUUUAGAAUCGUACAUCUUUCUAAAACAUAUGCGUAAGAAUACCUGAUGUACAUUCUUAACAAUUUUUCUGGAUAGGAAUGAAGAAUGGUUUCUUUCAAAACUUGGAAAGCAUGGAAGCGCCAUGUUUGUGGAAUCACAUAUGAAAUACGGAUGGUGGGAAGGUGAAAUCUGGGAAUUGAACUCAAAACAAGUGUAACACUGUAUACUAUAUCAUCUUGUCUGUAUUUCUAGAAAUAUAGGAGUUUGAAAUAUGAAAAACACUUAGUAAAAUUUGUGCAGCAUAUUUUAAUGUCCAGUUUUGCCGCUCAACUCCUGAUGGUUUUGCUUGGGAUUCCUGAACUCUUGAUUUAAGACCUUAUGGCUUGUUUUGUUUUUGUAUCGUCUUAAUGCUGCAUUAUACUACCUGAAUGAAGGUUAUUUAAAUAAUAAAUACAUAAGGACGCACAA